UUCAUUCAGAACACCAUGCAGGAGAUCGUCGACGAGUCCGCGCACAUCGAGAUCCGGCCCGAAUCCCAGCACGAGUAUUACAUUUUUGAUGAUAUUAUGCAUGGAAUCUACAGGAUUAGCUUCGGCCAGAUAUAUCUAAGCAAACCGAUGAUGACAGAGUCGGACGGAGAGACCAACACUCUCUAUCCGAAAGCGGCAAGGCUGAGGAACUUGACGUAUUCGUCUCCGCUCUAUGUUGAUGUCACGAAACGAGUGAUACGAAAAGGGUACGACUGUGAGGAGGUGAUAGAGACGCAGGAGUUCGCCAAGAUAUUUAUUGGGAAGGUGCCGAUAAUGCUGCGUUCGAGCUACUGCAGUUUGUUCAAUCUCUCGGAGAAGGACUUGAUGGAGAUGGGGGAGUGCCCUUACGAUCAAGGUGGGUAUUUCAUCAUCAACGGAAGCGAGAAGGUCCUCAUCGCGCAGGAGAAGAUGAGCACGAACCACGUGUACGUGUUCAAGAAGCGCCAGCCGAACAAGUACGCAUACGUGGCGGAGGUUAGGUCCAUAGCCGAGGCGCAGAGCAAGGCGCCUAGCGGGAUGUUUGUGAGGAUGCUCUCUAGACCCGGUGCGAAAGGGGGGUCGUCCGGGCAGUACAUACGAGCUACGCUUCCAUACAUCCGGACUGAAAUUCCGAUAAUCAUUGUUUUUCGAGCUUUGGGAUAUAUUUCGGAUAAAGAGAUUUUGGAACAUAUAUGCUAUGACUUCAAUGAUCCACAAAUGAUGGAGCUCCUUAGGCCAUCAUUGGAAGAGGCAUUUGUGAUUCAAAAUCAACAGGUUGCGCUUGAUUAUAUCGGAAAGAGAGGAUCCACCGUUGGUGUUACAAAAGAGAAGAGAAUUAAGUAUGCUAGAGAAAUUCUCCAAAGGGAGAUGCUUCCACACGUUGGAAUCGGAGAUGGACAUGAGCACAAGAAAGCUUACUAUUUCGGAUAUGUUGUUCAUAGACUAUUGCUUUGUGCACUUGGACGAAGGGCAGAAGAUGAUCGUGAUCAUUAUGCCAAUAAGAGGCUCGACCUCGCUGGCUCUCUACUAGGCGGUCUGUUUCGGAUGCUGUUUAGAAAGCUCACGAGGGACGUUCGAUCCUACGUUCAAAAGAGUGUUGAUAAUGGGAAAGAUGUAAACUUGCAAUUUGCAAUUAAAGCAAAAACUGUCACAAGUGGGCUUAAAUACUCUCUUGCAACUGGCAAUUGGGGGCAAGCAAAUGCUGCUGGAACUAGAGCAGGAGUUUCUCAGGUGCUCAAUCGCUUGACAUUUGCCUCGACACUUUCCCAUCUGCGAAGACUGAACUCGCCUAUUGGCCGCGAGGGCAAACUGGCGAAGCCGCGCCAGCUGCAUAACUCGCAUUGGGGUAUGAUGUGCCCUGCGGAAACACCGGAAGGACAAGCAUGUGGGCUUGUCAAGAACCUUGCACUUAUGGUCUACAUAACUGUCGGCUCAGCAGCUAAUCCGAUUCUCGAGUUUUUGGAUGAAUGGGGUACUGAGAAUUUUGAGGAAAUAUCACCAGCAGUGAUUCCUCAGGCCACAAAAACAUUUGUGAAUGGCUGUUGGGUUGGCAUUCACCGCAACCCGGAGCUGUUGGUGAAGACUCUCCGGCAGCUUAGGAGACAGGUUGAUGUGAACACGGAGGUUGGAAUCGUGCGAGACAUACACCUCAAGGAGCUUCGUCUGUACACAGACUACGGACGCUGCAGCCGUCCCUUGUUCAUCGUCGACAAGCAAAGGCUGCAUAUAAAGAAGAGUGACAUUCUUGCCCUACAGCAAAGAGAAAGUCCUGAGGAGUAUGGAUGGAACGAUCUCGUUAGGAAAGGAUUCAUCGAGUAUGUUGACACGGAAGAAGAGGAGACGACGAUGAUAUCAAUGACCGUGAAUGAUCUUAUACGGUCAAGACGGAAUCCAGAUGAUGCAUAUUCGGAAACAUAUACGCAUUGUGAGAUCCACCCUUCGUUGAUAUUAGGCGUCUGCGCUUCAAUCAUACCAUUUCCUGACCACAACCAGUCGCCUCGUAACACUUAUCAGUCUGCAAUGGGGAAACAAGCAAUGGGAAUCUAUGUCACCAAUUACCAGCUAAGAAUGGAUACUCUGGCCUACGUCCUUUACUACCCGCAGAAGCCUCUUGUAACGACGCGUGCUAUGGAGCAUCUCCACUUCAGGCAGCUCCCAGCAGGCAUUAAUGCAAUUGUUUCCAUCGCGUGCUACUCUGGCUAUAACCAGGAAGAUUCUGUGAUCAUGAACCAGUCCUCUAUAGAUCGGGGAUUCUUUCGUUCUCUUUUCUUCCGUUCGUAUAGAGACGAAGAGAAGAAGAUGGGGACGCUAGUGAAGGAGGAUUUCGGGCGUCCGAAUAGGGACAACACCAUGGGAAUGAGGCAUGGUUCUUAUGACAAACUAGAUGAUGAUGGUUUUGCACCUCCUGGAACUAGAGUCUCUGGCGAUGACGUGAUCAUCGGCAAGACAACACCAGUUACACAAGAAGAAGCUCAAGGAAAAUCAGCAAGAUUCACCAGCAAGGAUCACAGCACUAGCCUACGCCAUAGUGAAACCGGAAUUGUUGAUCAGGUUUUGCUGACGACAAACGCCGAUGGACUGAGGUUUGUGAAAAUACGGAUGCGAUCAGUUCGAAUUCCACAGAUCGGAGACAAGUUCAGCAGCAGACACGGCCAGAAGGGAACGAUCGGGAUGACCUUCACACAAGAAGACAUGCCAUGGACGAUCGAAGGCAUCACUCCCGACAUAAUUGUGAACCCUCAUGCCAUCCCAUCCCGUAUGACGAUAGGUCAGCUCAUCGAGUGCAUCAUGGGUAAGGUCGCGGCUCACAUGGGCAAGGAAGGCGACGCCACCCCCUUCACCGAUGUCACUGUGGACAACAUAAGCCAAGCUCUUCACAAGUGUGGUUACCAGAUGCGCGGUUUUGAGAGGAUGUACAAUGGGCACACGGGGCGUGUGUUGAACGCGAUGAUCUUCCUCGGGCCGACCUACUACCAAAGGCUGAAGCACAUGGUGGACGACAAGAUCCACUCGAGGGGGAGGGGCCCGGUGCAGAUCCUCACGAGGCAGCCGGCAGAGGGGAGGUCUAGGGAUGGCGGCUUGAGGUUCGGGGAGAUGGAGCGUGACUGCAUGAUUGCUCAUGGAGCCGCGCACUUCCUCAAGGAGAGGCUGUUUGAUCAGAGCGACGCGUAUAAGGUGCACGUGUGCGAGAGGUGUGGGCUCAUCGCCAUUGCUAAUUUGAAGAAACUUAGCUUCGAGUGCAGAGGAUGCAAGAACAAAACGGACAUUGUUCAGAUAAAUAUACCUUAUGCAUGCAAGCUUCUACUUCAAGAACUCAUGUCCAUGGCAAUUUCUCCGCGGCUACUCACCAAGGAUGUUCCGACAGCCAAGGGACAGAAGGGGAGGGGCGGAUAGUCGUAGCCACGGAUACGAUUCUCAAUCAACGAUGCUGUCGUGUGCAAUGGCAAUAAGACUGUUCUUGAACAAAAUGUGUUCAUUGAGGUAAGAAGGUGAUCUCCAAAUCAGGAACAUAGGUCUUCU